GGAGGGAGGAGGCUACAUUUAUAUCAGUGCCCAGGGCUGGGAGCCUGCUCACCAUGGACACUGCCGGGUACAGCCAGUGGGGUGGCAAGCUGGAAGAGGUCCCCAGAGGGCCCUGCGGACGCUGGGGAAGGCGGUUCCCCUUCCUGGCCCUGGCUCUCGUGGUCACGGCACUCCUGUGGGCCUUCAUCCUGAGCAUCCUACUGUCCAAGGCCUUCACGCAGCAGGAGGAGUUGCAGAGGCACCAGGACCUGCUGAGAGCAAAUGCCUCGGGGCAGAAGGUGAUGCUGGGUGCCUUGAAGGAAGAGUUCCGAGCCUGCAAUAGCUGCUGCCAGGCCGCGCAGGCGCAGCUGAAGACCGCACGUGGGGAACUUGAAGAGGCACAGCUGAAGCUGAUCUGGCAGCAGAGCGCCCUGAAAGAACUGAGCGAGCGCGUGACCCAGAGCUUGGCUGAAGCGGGAAGGGACCGCGAGAACAUCCGCAGCGAGCUGUUCCGGGAGUUGGAGGCUGUGCGAGCUGGGAACAAGUCCUGUGAGCAGUGCCCCACGUCGUGGCUGCGCUUCCAGGGUUCCUGCUACUUUUUCUCAGUGGUGCGAGCUGGAUGGGAAGAGGCGCGACGCAAUUGCACAGGUGCCAGUGCGCACCUGGUGAUUGUGGGCUCCCUGGAGGAGCAGGGCUUCCUGAGUCGAAAUACAAGAGGCCGUGGUUAUUGGCUGGGCCUCAGGGCCGUGCGUCGUGCAAGCAAGGUCCAUAGCUAUCAGUGGGUAGAUGGAGUCUCCCUCAGGUUCAGCCACUGGAACCGAGGUGAGCCCAAUGACUCCCUGGGACUUGAGGACUGUGUCAUGAUGCUGCAUACUGGGUUAUGGAAUGACGCCCCCUGUGACAGUGAGAAGGACAGCUGGAUCUGCGAGAAGAGGCUCAGCUGCUGAGCCCACUCAGUCCCCUGAGCCAGGCCACCUGCCACCCGUGCCAUCUCUACAGCUGCUGGCCCUCCUGGCUCUUCCCAGCACCAUCUAGUGUGUGUGUGUCUUCUCUCCUGCCCACGGCUAUUGUGGAGAAACAGCCCCACUCACUUGGGUCCAGUGCCUGUGGUCUGGGACCUCUGCUCCAACCUCUUCCCCUGGGACCUAGUGUGAGCUCCACCUCUUCCAAACUCCUGGCCUUGGGCCCUUUGAUCUGGCCCCUCGUCCUCCCCAGCCAAGGUCAGGUGGCUCAAAGAUGGAGCUGUUUGUUUUUCUUGCCCUUUUCCCGGGCCUGGGAGGCCUCAAGGAGAGGGGUUUUGUUCUGUCCUUGAAGCCCUAGGGAGCAUCAGGUCAGGUUUGAGAUAUGAGCCUUGGCUCCUGGCUGUGGGAACCCUCUAAGCUUUAUCCCAAAGGCCCUGGCAGGAUGCCUGCAAGUGACCCCAGUUUCUCUGAGUGUCCUCAUGUCUCUAUGAUGCCCUGAACCCCAGGGAGUGGCUUGCUGUGGGCCAGAAGGUCUGUGGGGACACUGGGGACACAUGAGUGAGGCAGGCCCAGUCCUGGCCCCCACCUGCACCACCUGUCUCACUCUGGUCCAGCUGGGCACAGGGAUGGUGUGACCAGUGAGUCAGUCCAUGGAGGAAUCCAGGAGUGAGUAACACAGGAUGCCUCUGAGGGAGCCAAGUCUGUCCUCGGGGAGAGAGAGACUGUGCUGAGUUACCAGAGUGGUGGCCCCACUCUGACAAAGACUGUCACUGCCUUCUGGCAACAUCAGGCAGCCUGAGACAAGGCCCUGAGGCAGGUGUGAGAGGGGCUGCUGGGAUCGGAGCUAGAGGGGCCUUAUGUCUUGGGCACUUAGGUUCUGUGACCACUGGGUGGGACAAUGGGGAAAUAAGUCCCAGAGAAGAUGAACUUUCAAGGACCCAUGGGAUUCCAGCCCCUGAAGAGUGUGGAAAGGCAGGAAGUAGGGCCGAACCCAUUGGCGGGUGCAGGGCCACAAAGCCAGGCUUCAUCCACUGGGGGCUUUUGAUCUGAACUCACCCUACCCCCCAGGUUUCCUGCCCCUGUCCUGGGCCCUGAGGGCUGUCCUGCAGUGUUCAGGGGAGUCAGGUCUAACUGAGGGGUGAGAACUGAGUGCAAAACCAAAGCUGCUGGGUGCCCUGGGGUGCCUGGCCCUGAGAGCAGUGAGUGAGCAGGACGAAGGGAGAACAUGGCCCACGCAGCCUGGCCAGGGGGCACUGCUCAGUGUUGUCAGCCGCCCUCCGGUUCUUCUCUGGCCCUUUCCACAUGAGGCUCAGAGCAAAGCUUGGGCCUGGGCCCGGAGCCAUCUGACCCCUGGACAGAGAGCAUGCCCAGUGAGCUGUCAGCCAGACUGACAGCUUCCCAGAGGGUCAGCCUGCAGGGUGCAUGGGUCCAUCAGGGUCUCUGUAACAGACGACCACCACUGGAUGGCUUAGGGCCUGGUCGUGGGUUCAGUUGGUUGGCGUGUCAUGCCGUAUUCCUCAGAGUUCUGGGUUCAACCCCUGGUUAGGAGGCCUACCUGGGUUGUAGGUUUGUGUCCAUUUGGGGCGUGUACUGGAGGCAACUGGCCGAAUUUUCUCUCUCCCGUCCGUGUCCCCUGUGUCUCUAACCAUCAAUAAACAUAUGCUUGGGUAAGGAUUAAAGAAAAGCACACAUUCUGUGCAGUACAGAAGUGCAAGGAUAGUUUCAAUGAGCCAAAACUCAGUGUCCCCAGGACCAGGCUCCCUUGGCCUCUUUGCGGGGGGACCCACAUCCUUGUCCCCCUGCUUCCUCAGCAGCACCCCGUUUAUUUCCUGGUCCAUGCAUGGCCCCUUCCCCCGCAAAGCCGGGAGGGCAGCAUCUCGCCUCCUGUUCAACCUGCCUUCUCCUCUGGGCCUGUUUCUCUCUGCUGCCCUCUCUCAGGGACACCUGCAGUUGCACCUUAAGGCUCGUGUGGAUAAUCCAGGGCACUUUCCUGUAGUGCCCCCCAGUUCAUGCAGACACCCCUCAGAUUAAGGGGACAGCUCCUGACAAGACUGCCCUAAGUGCAAGUUCAGGAGUCUCCAAGCCACCCCCACACAUGACCAGGAGGUUCAGACCACCCUAUGCAAAUGCACGGCUCUCACAACCCCUCCGGUUCUCUAAUUUGUCAGGAUGACUCAGAGCUCAGGAAAGCCCCCCCACAUUCAACUGUGUUCUGCAGGACCCAGAUUCAGGCUGGCCAAUGGGAGACCACAGGGCGAGGGCUGGACGGGGCUCAUGCUUUCUCUUCCAAUGGCCCUUCCAUGUGCUCCCUGGGAAGGGAAAUGCUGGGGUUCAGGUCCUGGUUGCUGCCCCCCUGGGGCUCAGGGUCUGGUAGGGGCAGGAGCAGGAGAGGAGGGGGGACAAAUUGUUCCCACAUGGAGAGGUAGGGAGUGGAACUUUCUAGAAAAGAGAUUCCCUCCAAAACUCGCAGCCUGAGGGUGAGGUGGUAGAGAAAGGAGUGUCUGCGUUGGAGACAGAGGGCAUGCUCGCUGGGAGGCAGGGGGUGCGGGCAGGAGAAGCCCUUUCAAGCUGUCCUCUGCAUUUCCCCAGUGGGUGUCCCCGACAACCUCCUGAAUGACCACAUGACCACACUUUCUGUGGCUGAAUCAGCAGGUCAGUGGUGGCCUUGAAGGCCAGCCAGGGUUUCCUGGACAAGCUGGCCCCACCUUUCCAAGGAAAUGGCCUCGAGACAGAGUAGCCUGUCCUUUCCAAGCUCCCCCCUCCCCACUGCAAGUCCCAGGAAACCCCCUGGGAUCCCCAGGCCCUUACCAGGUUGGCUGAGGUGUCUGGGGAAGCCCCCAGGGUGAGAUGGACACACUGGCCUCCAGCCCUGGCCAGCCCCUUCCCCAUCUUCUUUGCCGCCUGCCCAACUCCCCACCCUCAGCCUGGCUUCUCCUGUGUCCCCAGAUCCCCUCACUGAUGUCUCACUGGGGUGCAUGUGGCUGAUGCUGGCAGAGAGCCCCGAGUCCACUCUGGUGCUUGCCACUGACUCUCGGGGUGAGCCGGGCCCCUGACCUUGGCUCUCUGAGCCUGGGCUGUUGCACCUUCAGGAGGGAGUAAUAGUGACAGGAGGACCCGCCACCGAGGAUCCUGGGGCCUGCUGAGUAACAGCCCCCAAAGAUGCCCCACCCACACCCCAGGUCCUGUGGACGUGUGGCUCUGUGUGGUUAAGGGAACUUUGCACGUGGGGUGAAGGAAGGCUCUGGGGUGGGGGCAGUGUUGUCACCAGGGCCCUGCGCCUGGGAGAAGAAGGGGGCGCGACAACAGAGGCAGAGUUGGCCAGGACGGGGAGAGGCUGCGCUGUGUACCGUGCAGAGGGAGAGGGGGCCGCCUGCCCAGGGAUGUGGUGCCUCCAGAGGCUGGGCCCCCGGUGACCUCCCAGAGGGACCAGCCCCGUGUCUGCCCUGAUGUCAGCCCAGCGAGAGGGUGGUGGACUUCCGACCUCCGGAGCUGGAGGCAUAAACCUGUGCUGUUUAAGACUCCAAGUCUCUG